AUGGACAAGAUCAGCAGCUCGGGCUCCGCGGACUUUGAGGAUUUCGAAGAUGAGGAUGACCUGUGGCGAGCUGAGGAGGCCGCGGCGGACGAGGAGCACCGGCUGACGGAGGAGGCGUUGGCCGAGGAGGCGGCAGCGGAGGAGUUGAUGUUUGAGGAUGCUGAUGAAGAGCCUCGGGAAGAGCUGGCUGAAGAGCUGCUUGAAGAGGACGAGGUGGAGGAUUGGAUGGGUGAUGCCAACGAGGAAUGGGUGGAUGGUCACCACCAACUCUUGGAGCAACUUGAGCAAUUCGUCGAGGAGGAGCACUUCGAAGAUCCUUUGGAGUCAUUGGGACAGCAAGCCUAUGACAUGGUGGAGUCAGAUGACGAUAUCUCCCUAGGAACUGACUUUGAUGUAAACCAGACGGAUCCCAUUCCAGAUUUCAAUGAUUGGGGCAGCGAUCCCGGCGGUGUGGCCAAAGCUGCUUCACUCUGCCUCACAUUGAAAUGCAAGAAGAGUUGGGAAGUCCCAAAGAUGCCAUUGGGCCAGUCUGAGCUCUGGCAAUUCGGCCCCAAUGGGCCUCCCAUGAACGUCAUGGAUGCUUGCUCUGCCUCAAACAUGCUUUGGAUUGCGAAUCAGCAAGAUUUGUUCGGCUUCUCGCUGACGGGCUUGGAAGCGCAGAUCCAGGAUCAGAACCUUAGAAAUCAAGUGCUGAUCGCCCACCUGCCUUCCUUGAGCGGCCAAGUGAACCGGAUCCGCUGCGGGCAGCUGGGCCGGCAACCUGUGGUGGCAGCUGUGGAUGCCGCGGGCGGCGUUUUAGUGGCGCCAUCGUUGGUGAAUGCCAAGCUGCCACCCAUCAAACUGCUGAAUCCGGGGGUGGGAGAGCAGGGCGUAUCCACCUGGGGCAUUGGCCUGCCGCCCCAUGACGAGGGCAAAGAGACAGGUCCCCUGCUGGUUUCGGCCAAUGAUCACUGCCUGAAGGCCUGGUGGCUCUUUGAUUCGCCCAGCCCGGGCCAAGCCUCCAGAGCUGCCGGGCAUGGCGCCGGGUAUGGCGGCGGGGACAACCGCGAGGAGCGGCGGCCACGCAGCUCGUGGUAUUUGCAACAGGUCAAGGGCCAAGGGGAGAAAGCCCCACUACUGCUGCACCGUUUCGCCGAGAACCUGCCCUGCAUAGACAUCGUGGGGCAGCUGGCGAUCGUGGCUUCCUUGGGUGGAGAGGUGUCAGUGCUCAAUGUGGUGCCGCCCUCUUCAAUGGAGUCCCCUGAUUUGGCUGCGUUCCAGGAUCACGAUGUCCAGGUGGUCGAGGCGCCGCGGCUGGAUGAGCAGCUCUGCUGCACGACACCUCCACGCUGGCCCUGCCCAUGGGAAGACCCUCGGAUCGUACGCUGCUUCGCCCACGCAGAGAGCAGGAGAGUGUGGAAUGUGUGCUGGAUCCCCUUGCGAAGCAUCCGCACCGUGUCCACCGUGCCCGGUGCAUCGAAUCCUUCCGAAGGAGUCGAGGAGGACACGGUGGAAUGGACCAGCAACAGUGGCGCAGCCCUGCCAGCAGAGAUCAUCCGCGGAGUCUUGAGCCUCCUGGGACCUCAGGAACUUCUUCAGAGGGUUCAAAUCUUGAGCAGCCAGCAUGCCCAACUCGCACGUGAGCAGGUCCAUUCAAGCAAACGUACGGAGCUCAUGGCCCUGGUCUUUUCCGAGAACACAGUGUGGCUCACAGAUGGAUGCCUCAACAUGCGGUGCAAGCAGACCUUGCCCUUCAAUGGCGCCUUCGCACACAUCGUCCCCAUGCCAGGCUUGAGCUCUGUAAUCGUUUCCACGAAGAUGGACUCCACCAACUACCCCCUUUGGGCCGUUUCCCUCGUGCGACGCCAACGUUCCUUGAGAUUCGAGCUGCGAGUCACGCAUUUAGACACGGUGGAGACGAACUUGAGGGACCUGCCCUGGCCGCGGAACAUCAUCGUGGGCAUGGCCGGCUCGCGGGAUCGGUUGCUGAUCUUGUACAGCAGUUGCCGCUUGGUGUGCUACCAAUUGUCUCUGGAGGACCGGCGCCGAGACGAGGAGCUCCAAGCCGAGGCUGGCACCAAGGACUUGGCCUCGUGA